AUGCUGGGCACAACUCUCUCACAGGUGUCCGCCACUAUUGUCCUCGCAACACAGAUAUUACUUGGAGCGGCAUCGUCUUCUCUAGGUCUUGUUGGGCAACCUCACAUCGGCACUCUCAAUGUCACAGAAACGAGUUGCCGCGGUAGCUUCUGGUGCCCCAAACUCAAUAUCGGUUACAAUCGCAUCAACAUCUACUUUCAAGACUGGAUUAACUACACGAUGUCCGACUCCGACAUCUACGGCCCCGGCGUCCAAAUCGCAUGCGAUACAGUCACCAUCGCUUUCCCUCCCCUUGGAACCUUUGCGUUUUGUGCCUCCACAGCGGGCGGAAAUGUGCCGGCGGCGGGAAUCAACGGUUCUCUGAUCAAGCAAAAGAUGGAGGAGCUGCGAACCUACGGCUGCUUUGCCUGCGGGAGUGUCGCGAUUGCAGAGAGUGGCGAUCCGGUCGAGAAAGGGGUGUUCAAGAUUGACUUCGUUGCGGGUAACAAGGUGAAGUGUGGUAGAGAGGGACAAGUUGUUUGUCCGCCUACAGUGCCGAGCGUGAAUCGUGAAGGGCUUGAACAAGGACCGAGACCGGAGCUGGGCACGUUCAAUGCUACUAUUGAUGAUGGCGCGAUCACCCUUGAGGCGCUCAAUGUUCAAGAUUCUUGA